AUGACGAAAGGCAAUAUUUCUGCGUUCACAUCUCAGUGCAAGAAUGCGGAUGUGAUAAAGUUGAUUGGGCAAAGCAGGCUUCCUACUCAAGGCCUGUCCGUACGAGAAUUUAUGAGCCUUGUGCACGCUCCAGUAUUGGAAAUGUGUAUCCGAGUGGAAAUGUCUACCAUAAUUGAAUUGGAUUUCUCUUUUUUGAUGAGCCUAAUCGGUAAAUGUGAAGGUCCUCGACUGGUGAUCGCCCAAAAUCUUAAGCUUAAAGAAAUAAAGUUCAGCGACCACUUCAUGAAAAAAUCCAAACCGAAUAGCGUAGUUAUUCGAGGCAACCCUAUGCUUCAAUACAGUACUAUAGAAAGGCUGAGGAAAAACUUCAGACCUGGAGCGCUCGACUUGCAAGUUUUUGGAGAAUGUGGUCCACCCCUUCCCCUCAGCUCUUUUGCUGCCUUUCUCGGUUGCAAGGAAGUGUUUGGCGUCAUUUCUGUCAACAAGAACAUCACCGAGGUCGCUCGAUUACCCAUUGUCAAGCGUUUGCAGUUCGAAGGUUGCCUGCACAUCACAGAUACCAAGAUCUCAAACGUUGAUUUUCUCGACGACAUUUCGACCUUCACGAUGUCUCCGUAUCACAAGGAAUGCGCACAUGAGAUCAUCGAUAAUUUGAACCUUUGCAUUCGUGAUCCACAGUACGUGAAAAAGAAAUUCAAAGGCUUAGUAAUUAUCCAGGAUGAAAGCUGUGGUAAGCAGCAAAUGUUCUGCAUUGUGAACGUCUGA